AUGGCGAUGCCUCGCGUGUUCCUCGCGCGACACGGCGAGACCGAAUGGUCCAUCUCGGGCCAGCACACUGGUCGAUCCGAUAUCCCACUCACCCCACACGGUGAAGAGGUGAUGCGACAACUUGCGCCCAGCAUCGUCGGCGUCGGCAACGGCAAGUUGAUUGACCCGACUAGACUCAAUCACAUCUUUGUCAGUCCACGCAAGCGAUCGCAGCGUACGCUUGAGAUCAUGCUACAGCACAUCCCCGCCUCGCAGCGUUUGGGCAUCCCUGACGUCGAGAUCGUCCAGGACUGCCGCGAGUGGGACUACGGUGCGUACGAAGGGCUCAAGACGGACGAGAUUCGAGCCAAACAUCCCGGAUGGGAUAUCUGGACCGAAGGAACACCCGAUCAUCCUGACAGACCCGACGAGCUGCCAGGUGAGUCGGCACAGCACAUGAGCGAUCGUGUUGACUCGGUCAUCGCUAAAAUCCGCAGUCUGCAAUCUGGGCAUGUCGACAAGCGCAAUCAGGGUCACGAUGUGGGCAGUAAGACGUGCGAUGUUCUACUUGUAUGCCACGGUCACUUCAACCGGGUGUUCGUUGCUCGAUGGCUCGGUUUACCGCUGACCAACGGACGUUUGUUCGAAAUGGAUGCAGGCGGAAUGGUGGUCCUCGGCUAUGCGCAUCACAGCUUUGCUGAACCUACCGUCGCCGGUAUCUUCUCGUCCAAAACUGGCCCCAAGGGUGACAAGGAAGGUGCUCCCGGCUCGUGUGGGUCAGCGAAACACGAAGAAUCGCAGUACCUCGAGCUGGUUCAACGAGUUAUCUCAACGGGCGAAUCAAGACCGGAUCGAACGGGCACAGGUACGCUCGCACUUUUCGCUCCGCAACCGAGUUUGCGAUUCGACUUGACGAACGGCACCUUGCCUCUGCUCACCACCAAGCGAGUGUUCUUCCGCGGAGUGCUGGAGGAGUUACUCUGGUUCGUGGGUGGUAAAACCGAUGCCAAGCUUCUCACCGAGAAGAGCGUGCACAUUUGGGACGGCAACGGAUCUCGGGCCUUCCUCGACUCUCGUGGACUCUCGCAUCGUCGGGAAGGCGAUCUAGGACCCGUCUAUGGUUUCCAAUGGCGACACUUUGGUGCUACGUACAAAGACUGUGAUACCGACUACGCCGGUCAGGGUGUCGAUCAACUGGCUUCCGUGAUCGACAAGAUUCGCAACAAUCCUACCGAUCGUCGUAUCUUGCUCAGCGCAUGGAACCCGGCAGAUCUCGAACUGAUGGCGCUUCCGCCAUGCCACAUGUUUGCUCAAUUCUUUGUCUCGAACCUGGACGCCUAUUCGAAGGGUCAAGGUAAAAAGCACCUCUCGUGCCAGAUGUACCAGCGUUCCUGCGACCUUGGGUUGGGUGUACCUUUCAACAUUGCUAGCUAUGCGUUGCUAACCUACAUGAUCGCCAAAGUGACCGAUUGCGAACCCAAGGAACUCAUACUGGCAAUGGGUGAUGCUCACGUUUACAAGGACCAUGUGCAACCGCUCAAGGCGCAGUUGGAGAGAGACCCGCUUCCCUUCCCUAAGCUCAAGAUCGAAAGGGACGUCAAGGAUAUUGACGACUUUACGUUCGAUGAUUUCGUCGUGCAAGGUUACAAAUGUCACGGAAAGAUCGAUAUGAAGAUGAGCGUUUAG